AUGUUGGAAAGUUCAUCUGUAUAUAUUAGUUUAAAAUGUGGUUGGCAUGGAAUAUCUAAACAAGGUAUAAAUAAAACAAACUGUGAUCAAUCAAAAUUAGAAGAAGAAAUAAUUCUUCUAUCUGGACCGUAUGGUGAUGAUGUUGCUUUUGUUAAACAAUCAAAUGAUUACAUUCUUAUUGGUUUAUCGGAUGGAGUAAGCGGAAAUCGUCAUCAUGGUCUUGAUCCAUAUAAAUUUGCUCAUACAUUAAUAAGUUCAUGUUUGGAAGAAACUGAUCGUAUAAUUGGUUCAUCAUCCAUGCGUGGUCUUGUUCAUCGUGCUAUACGUUGUGUUGAAAAACGUUCAAUAUUUGGUAGUGCAACACUUUGUUUAUUAUCAAUAGAUAAACAUUCUUCAUAUCUUCGUUCGCUUAAUAUCGGUGAUAGUGGUUUUAUGUUAAUAAGACAAAAUAAAUUAAUAAUUCGUUCGCAUCCUCAGUAUCACCGUGGUUCAUCGCCUUUUCAAUUAUCAUCUCUUCCAACAACACAAUCUUUUACAUCAAAUACAACAAGACUCUAUCAUGACAAACCGAGUGAUGGAGAAUAUAUUGAACAUAAUUUAGAAAUAGGUGAUUUAUUAUUAAUUGCAUCAGAUGGACUUUUUGAUAAUCUUUAUGAAGAUUUUAUUGUUCAAAUUAUAAAUAAUCAUUUGGAUGAUCAGUGCUCAGUGGAAUCAUUACAGAAUGUUUGUCAAAUGCUUGUUAAAUCAGCAUGUCAUGCUCAUAUAAAAUGUGAUGAUAUUCUUGUAUUAUUAUUUUGUGUUGUACCUUGUUCCUCAGUAUCAAUUGAUGAAAUAAAUGAAAAUAGGAAAAGUACAUCAUGUUCGUCAUCAGAUUCUUCAUUAUCAUCUGUAUUAGUCAAUCAAAACGAAGAAGAAUCAUUCGAUUUAUUUAUAUUUAAAGAUUCAAAUUAA